UUGUGUUUGCAAUAAAAUAAAAAUACUCACAAAUUAAUUGUUUUUUAUUUACCCAAAAUAACAGGCAAUGGCAAUUAAGUGAUUAACUGAUAGAUGAGCAAAAUUUCAUAUAUAAAUAGGGGACGGAAACUAAUGGAUUAGUGUGUUUGGCGUGUUAGUGCAAUGAGUUCGAAGAAAGAUAUCCGUUUUAUGAAAAUUCCCUACACUAUUGGCAGCUAUCUAGCUGUGACCCCGGACUACAAUUUUGAAAAAAAAGUCAUAAAUCGGCCCAGAGUUCACCAAAUUUACGCACUUUUGCUCGCGUGUGCUAUAUCCGUAUUAAGUGGGAUAACAUUUAUUGAUAAUUCUUCACUACAUAUUAAAGAGCAAGAACCGACUUUUUUCAUCCUCGAUUUAAUAAAUUUCUUUUUUCUAUUUCUGCACCCGAUUGUGAUGAUCAUAAGUUCUUCCCUUCUCAGUGGUUCGUUCUGGUCAAAGAUGAACAAAAAUUUUCAAUUUAUCGACGAGCAUUUCAACAACGUCCACAAGAAAGAAUCAAAUUUUUUGCGAAAUUGUUAUGUCCAGUUUGUCUUAAGCUUGUGUGGCUAUUUACUUAACAAUUUAUUCGUUACAAUUAGUUGUUUAAAAUUGCUUCCGGACAUCGUCCUCUCGAAAAUGCACAUUUUAAGCCAAGUUUGCUACACGUAUGAGUUUUUCACGUGUUUUCUGAUUUGUAAUUUAACAACGGCUUUCAAAUGCCGGUUUGAUGAAAUUAGCAGAGAGUUACAAAACCAUUUGAAACCGUCGACAACUUUUAUUAGACAAAGCGGUCAUUUUUGGCGAAUUCUUUCCGAGAGUGUCGUCUGUUUUAAUAAAAUUUUCGGAUGGCCUUUGAUUUUUUUCAUCGGGAGAGGAGUGGUACAACUACUGCAGAGUCUCCAAUUGACAAUGUUGGCCCUAAAUUCGGAUUUCACGCUAAAGAAAGGGCCUUUUGCCGAUUUGGUGGCCACCAAUUUAUUUAUUGUCGCUUAUAUGACGGUUUGCUUGGUUUUUGUUAUUUUAACGUGCGAUUCUGCAGCUUCUUCUGGCAACAAAAUAUCGAAUUUGUGCUACAAGUUACAAAAGGACUUCGCUGAUAGUUCGAGUGAGAGGAGAGAAUUGAUUUUGCUGGCGAAGGAGAUUUCGGAUAAUCCUAUCAAAUUCACAGCUUCGGAUUUUUUCGAAAUCAACAAAAGCACGUUUUUUGGGAUUAUUAGUGUUACUACCACUUAUUUAAUUAUUUUAAUCCAGUUUAAAAAUAGCUAA